AUGGAUUUCGAAUAUUCUUCAAAAAAUCUUGAUGAUCAAGCAACAAUAAAUAAUCCUUCAAUUGAUUCAAAAGAAGAAUUAACAAAUUCUCAUGUAUUCCCAUCAAAUUGGCCAACAACACGUCAUCCAUCAGGUCGUGGUUAUGAAGUAUUUGUUGGUAAAUUACCACGUUAUUGUUUUGAAUUCGAAUUAUUUUCAUUAUUUGAACGUUGUGGCCAAAUAUAUGAAAUGCGUUUAAUAAUGAAUUUUUCAGAUUGUAAUUGUAGUUAUGCAUUUAUAACAUAUACAAAUCGUGAUGAUGCUAAACAUUGUAUUAAAGAAUUAAAUAAUUAUGAAACACGUCCAAAUCAUUUAAUUGGUGCAUGUCAAUCAGUUGAUAAUUGUCGUUUAUUUGUUGGUGGUAUAUCAAAAAAGAAAACUGCAAAUGAUAAAAACCCCCGUGGUUUUGCUUUUGUUGAAUAUGAAAGUCAUAAAUCAGCAGCAAUGACAAGAAGAAAAUUAUUAUCAAGAAUUAUUCAAUUAUGCGGAUAA